UCACCCAUAUUAAUUACAUAUCUAUAUACAUCAAAAGUAAAUGCAAAGAUCAGUUUGCUUUAGGCAGAGUUACUUAAAGCACGAUAACACCCUUCAGCACUUUUACGAUAUUCACGUUGAACGAGGAUGGAUGAAGUUUAUAAAUUGUUAAAAGACGAUACUGAGAUCGUCGAAAAACUUGAUCAAGGCAGUGUUAUUCGAAAUUUCUAUACGGAUCAAAUAAUAUUUAUAACCGAUCCCACGAGUCUCCUUGGAGAGAUCAUAGUUGAAAAACUUUUGAGAUGUUGUUCGCAAUUGAAAAAACUUUACAUUUUAUUCAAAGAUACUGGUGGCAUGACUGUUCAAGAUGAGAUGAAAAAAUAUUUCGAAAGUUCCGCAUUCGACACACUGAGAAAUAAGAUACCUGAUUUUUACGAUAAGAUUGUCCCGAUUAAAGGAAAUUUACUCGCAGAAGACAUUGCAUUGUCAGGCAAUGAUAAGAACGAUAUAAUUGAUAACGUGAAUUUCAUAAUUCACAAUGCAUCAGCAAAUCAAUUUGGCGAUACAGUAAAGUCAAUAUUGCAACUGAAUGUCCUGGGAACGAAGAGAAUUUUGGACAUUGCCAAAGAUUGUGAAAAUCUUAAAACGUUUGUUUACGUAUCAAGCGUAUAUGCACAUUGCAAUGAAAUCGACAUUAAAGAAAAGCUCUACCCGUGCUCCGCAGACCUCAAAAUUAUUCAUGACAUGAUAGCAGCUGAUACGGAAAACAAGAAUGGUUUGAGUAAGGCAGCAUUAGAAAUGAUACUUGGUGAUUACCCUGACGCAUACACAUUCUCAAAGGCCAUAGCGGAGUUCAUUAUCGACGAAUGUAGUAAAAAGUCAAAUUUUCGCAGUGUUAUUUUCCGACCAUCCUUAGAACUGCCAUCGUACAAAGAACCCAUUGCUGGUUGGUGCCAUAAAGACAAAGGUCCUAUAUCUGGAUUCAUUGGUAUUACAUUGGGAGCUAUACAUACCAUAUGGGCCCAGGAUAAAGCAAUUGAUUUCAUUCCUAGUGACAUGUGUGGAAAUGCACUUCUUGCUAGCAUUUGGGAUGCAUCAUUUACUGGGGAAAAACACGAGGAAGCCAUUGUCUACAAUUAUGGAAGUAGCAUGGUGAAACCUGUGACCUUGAGAAAAAUUACGAAUUUACUUGAAAAUGCUGCAAGCGACAGACCUUCGAUGAAAAUGAUAUGUGCCAAUUACACUGUCAUAACGAAAUGUUAUUGGUUAUGGUUCCUUCUGAAUGUAAUGAUUCACGUAGUACCCGCUGCAAUUGUCGACGGCUUUUCUCUACUGCGCAGCAAGGAGCCUACUGCUCUGACAUCAUACUGCGAAGCUACGAGGAACUUGGAGUCGGUGCAAUAUUUUUUAAACGGCGAAUGGCGCGUUCACGUUGAAAAGAUGCAACAGCUCUGUGACAGAAUGAGCGAGACUGACAGUACUUUGUUCUACUGCGAUAUUCGGAAAUUCAGAUGGGAGGAUUACGCUGAUCCAUUUUGGAAUGGACUGCGUGUUUAUGCUAUUGAUGAUCCUAUGGAUUCUUUGAUCGAGGCAAAACAGCAGUUUUACAAACUUAGGAUUCGUCACUAUAUUUCUUUAUCAGCUGUUUUAAUCUUCAUUUCGUACAUUAUUAUACAAUUUAUAUAAACUUACGAUACCUAUUAUCAUGUUUAUGUUCCCAAUAAGGAUGAUUGUCGAUUGUUCGAAUUUGUUUACAUUUGAUAAAAUCAUUAUAUCACGAGAUACGAGAGAGGUUAUGAUUAAAUGUUCUAAUAAUAAUAAAAUUACUACAUUUUAGUAAGUAGUGUCUGGAACAUUACGAGGAAUCACCUCGCCCAUUUCAUUCUAUAAAAUUGUGUAUAUCCUUCGUCAUAGAAUGAACAUGCAUCAUGCGAUCUAUUUACAAAAUAAUUAUUGUAUUAAAUUUAUUAUGAAUUCUAGUAAUAUGGAACGUGGAUUAAGUAUGAACGAGAAGCCAGCAAAUAUAUAUAAGAAUCAUGCAGAUGCGUUUACGUUAAGCUGAUCUUGAUGUAUAACGUAAUUAAGAAAUUAACGGAAAACAAUUUAUUCAUCCAAGAAACAUUAUUAUGUUCUCAAUAACGAAAAAAAAUUGUAUAACAAAUAGCCGCAGUUAUACUUUUCUCUUCAAAUUACAAAAAAUUUUAGUAUCCAUAUGAUCGAAAGGCACUUUUGGAUGAAAAAAAAAAAAAAUAGAAAAUCAAAAGGGCAUAAGUAAAUGUGUCACGUGCAUUUAUAAGUAUCUACGUUGAUAUACUUACGUCACGUGACAAAUCAUGUAUACGAGGGAAUGGAAUUUAAAUGAGCAGAUUUGGAAGUGUAAUUAAGAGUGACCUAUGAUGACGCACCAUAAAUUUGGUUGCGAUUGUAAAAUUACCAAUAUACAAACAUUACAUAAACUUUCAUUGCGAGUAUAACAUGCUAAGAAAUUUUACGUGAACUAUCAGUAUACACAGGUGGUUUUUGGAAAAUAUGAAUACGCGAACAACAUGCGGACUGUAAUGCUCUCAGAGGCAAGCCUUAACAGUAUUUAAGAAAAAUUCGAAAAACAAAUUGUAGAAGCGUCUGUAAAUUUCUUUUGAAAACUGCA